CUUUUAUUUUGACAGGUUCGCGUCGACGUAGACGGAAGUGCGUCCGUUUAAUUUGAAAACCGUGUAGAGGAAGAGGUGUAGCAGAUUGGUUGCUGUCAACAGAUCUUCAGACGCCACAAAGCUCCUCGGCUGGUCGCUGCAUCUCCACACUGACGGCUCCUGCUCUGUGUGCAGUGUGUGUGCAGUGUGUGUGAGUGUUUCUGAGGUGUGUGUGAUGUCUUCAGAGCUGCUGGUAGAUCUGGGUGAUGAACCUGCCACUGCACAGUUAGGACAGCUGAAGCUGGCCACCAUCGAGGACCAGCAGUGGCCUCCUGAUGAGUCCACGCUCAGCAAGUCAGAAACAGACAUUUCCCAGCGGUUCGAUGCAGGUUCCCCCCACCUGCCCUGGGACCAUCCUUUCUAUGACAUCGCUCGGCAUCAGAUCAUUGAAGUGGCAGGAGAUGAUAACUAUGGCAGGAAGGUGAUCGUGUUUAAUGCCUGCAGGAUGCCUCCACAGCACCAGCUGGACCAUCACAAGCUGCUGAUGUACCUGAAAGGAACACUGGAUCAGUAUGUGGAAAGCGACUACACUCUCAUCUAUUUCCAUCACGGGCUGACCAGUGAAAACAAACCUUCUCUGGGAUGGCUACGAGACGCCUACAGAGAGUUUGACAGAAAGUACAAAAAGAACAUCAAGGCUCUGUAUAUCGUCCAUCCCACCAUGUUCAUCAAGACUCUGCUGAUCCUCUUCAAACCCAUUAUCAGCUUUAAGUUUGGCAGGAAGAUCAACUAUGUGAGCUACCUGAGUGAGCUGGAGGACGUGGUGAAGUGCGAGCAGCUGGUGAUUCCUGCCCUUGUUAAAGAGUAUGACAACAAACUGAGGGCAUCUCUGAAACCCACGGCCCAGCCUCCCAUGUCUCCUCCUCGCAGCCCUCCUCUCCCCGACCAGGUGUUCGGGGUGCCGCUCGACCUGCUCAGACAGAGGAGUCCAGAUGGUGAUCCAGUUCCCGUGGUGAUGAGAGACACCAUCAGCUUCCUGUCAGAGCAAGGUUUGGAGAUCGAGGGGAUCUUCAGACGGUCUGCUAAUGUGACUCUGGUGAAGGAAGUCCAGCUCAGGUACAACUCAGGUGGAACGGUGGAUUUCAGAGAGAUAGAAGACGUCCACCUGGCUGCUGUGAUUCUGAAGACGUUCCUCAGGGAGCUGCCUGAACCACUGCUGACCUACCAGCUCUACAACGACAUCGUCAACUUUGCCUCUGUAUCCAGUGACAGCCAGGUGAUGAUCAUGAAGACACUGGUGGAGUCACUGCCAGAAGAAAACUACACAUCACUACGAUAUCUCAUUACCUUCCUGGCACAGGUAUCAGCCAACAGUGAGGUGAACAAGAUGACCAACAGUAACCUGGCUGUGGUCUUUGGUCCAAACCUGCUCUGGGGGCGGGACAACGCCAUGUCACUCAGUGCCAUUGGGCCAAUCAACAACUUCACCAGAACCCUGCUGGACCAGCAGCACCUUGUCUUUACCUAGUCAGCACCCCGCCGCGCUGCCCUGAAACACCCUGAGGUCCUCCUUCCCUGCAGCAUUUAGUCUCCAGCUCCUCCUCAGCUCUUCUAGCUCUUCCUCUAGCUCCUUCUCAGGAUCUCCAUCAGGUCCUUCUGUCCCAGCAGCACUCAGACCGUCCAGGUUUGUCUGCUUCCCUUCAGACUCAUUAAAAGAUCCUGUGGACCGACUGCAUGUGGUUUUGUCUCCGUUAGCAGCGUCUUGUUCAGCGGUCUCAGCUGCUGCCAGCUCCUGGUCCUCGUUUCCAUUUCCUCGUGAUUUCAGGCGGUAAUGGAUGGAGAAGACACGCUUUAGUCUGCAAGCAAAACCCUCCAAACACCUGAUAGCACAAAAUGAACAGCUCAUCUUGUGGUCCUUUUCUUUGUUUAUCUGGAAGUUUAUCUCCAGUUCAGCCUCUGCUGUGGAAAAGUCUGACUGGAAGCUUCUGUUUGUUUCUUUUUUCCAUUUAAUUCAGCAGCAUUCCUGCAGCUUCCACCUUUUAGCUCCACCCCUCCUUGAGGUCCAUCACUAGCUGCAUGUUGAUGAAUCCAGAUAUGUCUCAGACCUCAGAUCAGUGGCGGCUAUCAUUGAUCCUCUGCUGGAGACUUUGACGUCCCUUUCUGUCUCUGUUUAAGUGUGAUGUGCUGUUUUUCUGUCGUGCCAAAAAAAUGUGGCCUCCAGCUUUCACAUGUAGGAUUCUGAGCUCCAGAGAUGAAGAGAGGAGGUUUGUCUCCAUGAAAGACUCAGGUUAACUUGUGAAUGGUGAACUUGGUACCAAACGUUGAGGACAAUCUGUAGUUAAAGUCAGCAGUAGAGUACGAGAGCUGGACCUGCUGUAGGUUCAGACUGAGGCUCAUCAGGCUGGAAUAUACUGUCUUAUGUCCUCAUACUUCUAGAUGACUCUGGCUUUAAUAUAUUAUUAAUAAUAAUACCCCCAUCUGUGUAUCAUAAUAGAUUAAAUUCUAUGUCCAUUAGGCGUCUGUCUGUAGCUCCUGGUGGUUCCAGAUAAACAGCUGAUAGAACAUGGAUAUUCUGUCAUAGAAAAGCAGGAAUAUUAUCACCCUCAGCUCCUACAUUGUGCCCAGGACUUUAUUUACCUCAGUGGCAGAAAGAACCAAGUCUUUGUUUUGAAUUUUUCUUAUAACUAAACUCCUCCUCCUCGUGUUUUCAUCUUGAUGAGUUUAAAUGUUUUUCCAAAGCACUACUUCCAUCAGUCCACCACUCAGAUAUUCAGUUUUUAAUCACUACCUACUUCCAGGUCUUGUUCUUUGUUCUCUACCGGUUAAUUAUUCUUUGGUUCUGGAAAGUUCCUCCAACCCGACCCCCUCAGAACCAGAUGGUAGUUUUACAGUAACUUUAGUGUAUUUAAUAAAGCAAACUUUUCCCUCCCUUUGAUGAAUAAUUCCCUCAUCUCAGAACCUUAAAGUACAGAGCUGUGGCUUUUUAAAUGUGUUUUUGAAUCCUUGUAUCUUCAUAAGUAAAAGAAAUAACCAGAUGUGUGUCAGAAUAUUCCACUAUUAGAAACUUCAUGGACAGAAGAAGAGCCUGGUGUUAAAAUGGAGGUGAAAGUUAAACUUAACAACCGCCUCUCUCAGCUGAUGAUACAACCCAUAAAAGUUUACCCACAAUGCACUUUUUUUUAGUUUUCUUCAGUGAAUUAUCAGAAAACAGAUCCAGUGCAGGGUUGCUAUAGAAAGUGUUCUAUCCCAUAGUUUUGAUGAUCACAGCUGGUAACAGAAACUCUGCUAAACAAAAUCCAGACUGAGGCUUUAGACUCGUGGAGUUGAAGUGAAGUUCCAGUUCAUGUUCUGUCUUCUGACGGCUCAAAGAUGCUGGAAAAGUUAAAGCAAGUUAAAAAAAAACCUACCAAAUUCCCACCCAAAACUCCGUACUUAAAGAACCUGUAGCUGAAAAUAAUCAUUCUGUGUUGUUAGGAUUCCACAUGGCUUUAAUAAAUAUACUGAAGUUACAAGAAUCAGCUGAUUCUGAGGAGGUCAGGAACCUUUUCACUUUGAUUUGGUUUUAUAUGAGAACUUUAUCCUCCAUUCUUUUAUUGGUGGACCUCCAACUCUGCAGACUGGAAGCCUUCCUUCUGUUGUGUAGUUCUGAGUUGUUGUCGUUGACUCCACCUCUGUGUGAACAUUCAGCCUCUUAUUUAUUCUGAUUCCCUCCUGAUAUAACACAGAACAUCCAUUUAAUAAGUAUCUGAAAGUGUUGUAUUUCUGUCUUGGGUUGCCUUAUAUUUCCGUUGAUGCUGUGUCUCUGAUGGAGUUUGUCCAAGUUGUGUGAUGGUUUGUGCGUCCGUCGUGGUGCUGGAUCGUCCGUUCUGUUAGCAGAAGAUAUAAUAUAGUUCUAAAGAAUCACACAGGAGCUCAUACUGCUGUUUUAUAACCAGACAUGCCUGAGUGGGUUAUCCAUGAGAGCAUCCUUUAAAUGCUCCUCAUUCAUCUAGUCAUUGAGUUCACUGCUUCAGAGCGCCCCCUCUUGGCCGGUCAGGAUCACACUGUAUAAUAAGUAAUAAUAAUAGUAAUAGUUAUGAUCUGAAUCCAGUCUUCUCUGGCUACAUGUUAGUGAGAUAUUUGUCUGAAUCUCUGCAGGCGUGGAGCAGCAGGACUGAGGAGAACGUAGCAGGAGAUGAAUAAUCCGUACGGUCGUAACAAUCUGCUGCUUUUUCCCUAAUUCAGGUCCAGGAAUCGCUGGUAGAGAAAACUCAGCCUCUGAACCUCUCCAGACUCGACCCGACAACAGAAAACAUGACUUUAACCUGUGACAUGAACUCUGCGAUCUGAAGUUAUUUAAAGGGGCUUUACUACAUUAAAUUAAAUCUUUCAUUGUUUUUGAGUGUCAUCACGCGUCCCCAGUGUGGUUAGACCUCCUAAAUCUACCAUUCUGACAUUCUAAUCUUUUUCUGUGGUUUAGAAAAUGUUUGGUGAGGAAUUCAGCUUUACAGCGACACAUACUGAGUGAAAGUUGCUCUGAGCAGAGGUUGCAGCUUCCUCUGGCUCAAGUAAAGUGGACCAAACAUGAUCACUAUCCAGUUUAGGCGCCUCAUCUCGACCCAGACGGCUGGAACAGCUGGAUUCAGGUCCAGAGGUUAAACUUUGUGGCAGCUAGGAGGCCGGUGAUGGUGGAAGGGUUCUCUGUUGUUGUUGUUGUUGUUGUUGUUGUUGAAGUCUUGUUUAGACCUGAAGGAGCUCCACAGUUUCCUAAUACUAACGUUCUGGAUGAAGGUCUGAAUGUCAAUAGAAGAUCUGUCCAAACUGAACAGAUGCUAAAAGCUUCCUGCUACAUUUUUCCAACAUGUCGCUCUGUUCCUCUCCUUUAUCGUCCAUUGGUUCGUUCUAAGUCCCGGGACAGACUGUGUUUCAGUGGAGUUUUAUUUCUGCUACUUCUUCUGAUUUCCUGCUGUCUGUGUCUAACUUCAGCUCAUCCAAAGCGUUGCAUUCUACGUCAGAUGAAAACAGUCCUCCUGGGUCGAGCAGCUUGGAGUAUUUUGGCUUUUCUUUGUGACCAGAUGUGAGGUGUAACGUCAGACUCUGGCUGGAGGUUUGGAACCGUCGUGUCUCCUUCCUGUAGUCAUUUUAUCUCCCGGCCAAACUGUGCUGUUAAACUAGUCGUCCUUUCAUUCGUCAAUUGGUGAAACACAAGCCGUGGGUAAAUAUUAGUGUCGUACUGUUGCUAGAAUUCUGAAUAUGAUGUGACUGAAAAAAAAACACCAAAAGAAGAGAAAUUUAGUUUGACUGAACCUGAAAGCAAAAACAAAAAAAGACCUUCUCAAGUGUUUACAUGUUGUAUCUCCGGUCAUGUUAACACUGCUGUGGUUAACAUGCUAAUAGUGUGAAUAUUAACAUGUUGACAUGCUAAUAGUGUGAAUAUUAACAUGUUGACAUGCUAAUAGUGUAAAUUUGGGUGUUUGUGUGUAACUAACUCAGCUCCACUCAACGUAUUUUAACAAACAAAUAUGUUGAACUGUUGUGUUUUAAAUACAUAUAAAAUAAAGAAGCAAAAAUAAACAACUAGGGCCCUGUUAGUUGAGGUGUGUGUGAGUGCCUGAGUGUGUGUGUGUGUGUGUGUGUGUGAGUGCCUGUGUGUGUGUGUGCGUGCGUGUGUGUGCGUGCGUGCGUGCGUGCGUGCGUGCGUGCGUGCGUGCGUGCGUGCGUGCGUGCGUGCUCGUGCCUUAUCUGUUCCCCCAGUGAUCAUGUGAUUCUCCAUCUCAGUGCCCGUUCUGCCAUAGAUUAACUCCUAGAGUUGCGUUCUGCAGCGUCCAGGUGUUCUCCUCCAUCUGCUGAGCUCAUCUCUCCUGUAAUUAAUGAUCGCAGGCUUGAAAAUUUAAUAAAAUAAACAAUAAUAAAGUUAAUAAAUACUGAGGAGGACUAAAGCUUCAUUCAUGUAAUUAAAUGUAAUAAUGUGAGAUGAAACCCUGAAACUAAGCUGUUGAAGUCUGAUUUUCUUCUCAGAAAACUCGUCUUUGUGUUUUUAGUAUAAUUCACUACAACCAGAAUCAACAGAGAUAAAAAUAUAAAAAUGUUGCACAUCUGAAUCUUCAUUUUAUUAUUUCCUGUCUGUAAUUUUUACAGUAAUUUCAACCAUUUCAGUGUAUUUAACUCCUCUAAGGGUGUUUCUCCUCAACUCUGCUGAUCGAUUACAGCCCUCUAAUCUAUGGAUCUUUGUACUGUAACUGUUGUCAUGGUGACAGUGAACUAUAUUUCUCCGUGGGAGAAAUGAUUUGGUUUUCAGGCUGGUGUAUUGAUACCUGGUGAUCUUAUUUUCUUAACUCUUUUUUCAUCCUUUACUUUUGAUAUGUUGUGGAUCUUAGUCUUAUCAUGUAUGAUAUAAAAGUAAUAAACUGUAAUAUCAAUGUGUGCAAACAAUAAACAAAUGGUGAAUGAAAA